GCAGACUCUCUUCGACGUCCGCUUCGUACUAUACCCUUGCUGUUUCUCUGCUGCUGAGCGGUCCUGUCUAUCGAUUAUUUUGAGAUAUUUGGACGGGCUCCACAGGCAGAACUGAACUACCCGCAAGAAAGCCGACCCGACAGGACACGCGCUGGCCAAGACAGUUUAGCCUCCUGCAUUUCGUCACUCCACUCCUCUCACUAUCAUCCACCAUGUCCCCAUCGACGCCUUCGUCGCGGAGACGCCUCGCGUCCUUGUCGGCCAUUGCGUCGACAGGGGUAACGUUCUGUGCGCUCUUGCCCCUUGCUAACGCAUUCUCGUUCAACAUCGACAACACUCCAAAGCAAUGCAACAACAUGACUAUUAGCAUCACGGGCUCAGGAGGUGUCCCCCCUUAUUCUGUGUUGAUUAUUCCUUUCGGUGGAACCCCUCUCCCCAACAACGUCGAGGCGCGCACUAUCCUCUCUGAGAAGUUUGAUGGAUCUUCCACGUCGAUCUCUUUCAAGCUCAAUUAUCCCGCACUUUCUCAAUUUGUUGCCGUCGUGAGCGAUAGCACAGGCUUUGGUAGCGGCGGGACGAGCUCAGCGGCGAUCGUAGCAACAUCGGGUGAUUCAAGCUGCUUCGAUUCAACACAGAAUGUUCAAUCAAAAUUCUUCUUUAAUCUCGACCCUCUGAACCAGAUUGUUCAGUGUACCCAGUCUCGAAUCUGGUGGGAUCCGAACACAGUACAGGGACAACCAACAUUCUACGGUGUGAUACCUGGUGGUAAAUCGUUUAAUAUUACCGUGGGACAAACAACACCGAAAGACGGAGAGGGAGUAGGCUUUUUUUGGACGCCAAAUGUCAAAGGAGGGACUACACUUAUGCUCGGUGCUGGCGAUAAUAGGGGUCUUGGUGCUGGUGGAAGUGUCACCUAUAUUGUCUCGGCAGGGAAUGGCAAUACUGGAUGUCUUGACUCCUCUGCACCCUCUUCAACAGCAGGAAGUCCUGCAGGCGGCAACUAUCCAACGAGCACGUCUGAGGCCCAGAAUGGUAAUAGCUCGUCGAGUUCGAACGCGGGUCCAAUCGCAGGUGGUGUUGUAGCAGCAGUGGUCGUCAUUUGCGCCUUCAUUCUGGUCCUCCUAUUCCUGCGGCGGCGCAAACAGCGAGAUGCAUCUGCCAAGGAACGUCCCGAUCUCUUCACAGAUAACGAAAACCCAGUACACGAUGGUGAAAUUGCACAUCUUGCUCCUCCAGAGCCAUACAUUGUGCCCUCAGAGCCACCACAAUCAGAAUGGGGAAGCAGCAGCCGUGCACCAGGUUCAUCAUAUGGUUACGGAGUUGGCACGGGCGCGGCGAGGACGGGCGCAGCACAGCCGCUCUUUGACCACCGGAUGUCUGGGUAUAGCCUUAGCACGGGUACAGAGGGUGAGCAUUUGCGGCCAUCAACGCCGCAGACGGCGACUACGAGCGCGGGUACGAGCGCAGGCACGAGUCGUAAAGGUGCUGCGCCUCCUGUAUUCCGUCCAGUGAAUAUUAUCCAACACGAAGAUGCUGGGACGACUGUUGAUGGCGAGGACGACGCAGAAACGGUUGAACUCCCACCUGCAUAUACCAAUAUUCGACGGUAAUCAUUCAGCUAAGGGGAUUUGAAAAGAAAUUAAUUUUCUUGCCUGGUGGGUAUUUGAUUUUAAACUUUUCCUAAUUCCGCCCUUGUUGCUAUAACAUGCAAAAUAUCUCCCUUCCCUGUUCCGUCCAAUGUUUGUCUUCCUACGCCUGGCUGUUAACGGACCUUUCAUACAUUAGACCCCGUCGCAUGACCUGGGUUACAUUACGCAUUUUUCCCUAUUUUCAACACUCAACUACAUUCCAAUUCGAGCAAACGUGUUUAAGUAUAUACCCACCCUUCUUACCCAUCCUGUUGCCGUUCUCCUUAACUACCC